AUGCACGGAAUGAACAAGCUCGCUCUGGCACUGGUUGCCGCGAUGGCUGCUGUUGGUGAAGCCGAUCUUCACGAUAUGCACGCUCGUCACCUGCGUGCUCGUGGCUCUGGUCUGCCUCUGCCUCAAACUACUCAGACUCAAUACGUUAGCCCCGUCCCUGAGCCCGUUCCUACUCAGUCUCCCUCCGAGCCUGCUGUUCCCGCUCCUUCGGAGUCUGCUCCUGGUGCUUCCUCUGGUGCUGCUUCUUCCGGCGCUGCCCCAUCUGGUAUUCCCUCUGGAAUCCCCUCUGGUGCUCCCUCUAGCGCCCCCUCUGGUGCUGCUCCCUCCGGUGCUUCUCCCUCCGGCGCUUCCUCCGGCAUUCCCUCCGGCUCUCCCUCUGGAAGCCCUAGCUCGUCUGCUCCCUGGACUAUCCACACCUCUCGUCCCCACAUCACUGGACGUCCCAGCUCGAGCCCGGUUGUUUCGCCCACCUCCGCUCCUAUCUCUACUCCUGUUGUCGUCACUUACACCACUGGCACCGGUUCGACCGCCAGCGUUGUGACCACCACCAUCUGGCGCACUGCCACCAACCACCACACCGUCACUGCCACCGAGAGCAGCGGUGCUCUGGAGACCCCUGGUGACCAGAACCACAACCAGGACACUGGAGCUGAUGAGACUGAGGGAACCUCCACUGUCACCUCCACCCUGCACUCCACCGCCACCAAGACCCUCACCGACGGCACCGCUGCCACCUCUGCUCCCGCUGCCAACAACCACCAGCAGGGUAACGGCAACGGCAAUGGCGACGAGGGCGAUGACACCACUACCAUCCCUGCCACCGCUACUGCUGUCGAGACCGCCACCGAGACCCCCAUCGUGACCUUCACUCCCUCCAGCACUCCUUUCCCCAGCAGCAGCGGCCGUCCCACCCCCUCUUUCACUCGCCGUCCUAUCUCUUCGGCCCAGGGCCACGGUACUACCUCCGUUCCCUACGUCCCCGGAGGUGCCACCAUCCUGCCCAUCCCCAGCGGCUCGCCUUCCUCCAGCCCCGCUCAGCCCCAGAAGCCCGAGCCCACCGGCUUCUUCGCCCGUCUCGCCCGCCUCUUCUAA